GUGUGAGCUUAUACUGCACAACAGUUGCUUUAUCUGCUUCGCUCGCUCAAGUACACAACAAAUAAUUAUGAAGUUCUGCUUGGCAUUGCUCUCGUUGUUCUUCGCUGUGGUUGUCGCUGAUCACGGCGAUCACUCUGAUUAUGUGGUGAAAACCGGUGAGGAUCUGGCACGCUAUCGUGAUCAGUGCGUCGCAAAAUUGAGUAUACCAGCUGAUUUGGUUGAGAAAUACAAGAAAUGGGAGUAUCCAGAUGAUGAGAAGAGUCGUUGUUAUUUGAAGUGUGUCUUGGAGAGCUUCGGUCUGUUCGACGAUGCCAAGGGUUUUGAUGUACACAAAGUGCACCACCAAUUGGGCGGUGGUGAUGUGGAUCAUUCCAAUGAGUUGCAUGGCAAAAUCGAAAAUUGCGCUAAGGAAGGUGAUGCUGCCGGAGAGGACGCUUGCACUCGGGCAUAUCGUGGUGCUUUGUGCUUCUUCAAGGAGAAUUUGGCGUUGGUGAAGCAAAAUGUUGCCUCAAAGUAGAAAAUGUGAUUUAUUUCAUUUUAUUUGUGAUUUUAUAUGUAAAAAAAAAAA